GGUUUAUCGCGCGCGUGCAGACGGUGGAAAGCACAUCUGCUCGGAAACCCGCAGCAUUCAAGUGCAGUAUCACUGGAGAGGAACAGCUGUAAACUGGAAGGUGCUAUAAACCUACAAGAUAAAGGAAGGAACCGAGAAGGAGUACUCGGCUAGAAAGACGAAAAAGUGGUUGUUGCGAGAGCGCAGGGGAAGUUAGUUGGCGAUGUCGGGAUCGUUGUGUCGGAGUUUGUACGCGUUCAGCGGCGAGCAGCACGAGCGCGGUUUGCAAUUCCAGCCCGGGGAGCUGAUCCGCAUCACGCGCGUGCUGCCCGAAGGAUGGUGGGAAGGGGAGAAGGAUGGAGUAACGGGAUGGUUCCCUUCCAGUUACGUCCAGGUCGUGGAGAAAUCUGCUUCCUUGAGCGUGUUGCCUGGCGAGGAACCUUGCGAAAGCCCAUUGCCCAAAGACUGGACGUGCUACAUGUCACCACAAGGACGGAAAUACUACGUCAACACUGUAAGCAAUGAGACUACAUGGGAAAGGCCUUCCAGUGUCCCUGGGACGCCCAGAACAUCAUUACGACACAAGAACUCCUUACCGACGGUGAAUGGAUUUCAUGGCAGCAGUGGCCCAUUGCAUCAGACAGAGCAGUCACAUGUACCAAAACAGAAGGCCAACACAGAUCAACAGAGCCCCAUGUCCACAUCUCCCAGGAAGACAGAGCGCAAGACCUCAGUCACGCAAAUCAACUGCGUGACGUUCCCACUCCCGUUACACGCCACCGAACAGCAACUCCUUAAACCAAACGAGUGGAGCUACUGCGAUUAUUUUUGGGCAGACAGAAAGGACCCACAUGGGAAUGCCACCAUCACAGGCUUUGAGGUCUUAAUGCAGAAGCAGAUGAAGGGAAAACAGAUGCAGAAGGAGAUGGCUGACUUUAUGAGAGAGAGGAUCAAGAUUGAAGACGAAUACGCCAAGAAUCUCUUGAAACUCGCUCAGAUCCCACUAGCGGCUCAGGAGGAAGGUACACUGGGAGAGGCCUGGUCCCAGCUUAAGAAAAGCUUGGCAGACGAAGCCGAAGUGCAUCUCAAGUUCUCCUCUAAGCUACAGAGUGAAAUAGAAAAGCCCCUCAUUACAUAUCGAGACAACUUUAAAAAGGACAUGAAGAAGUUUGACCACCAAAUUGCCGAUCUCAGGAAACAGCUGGCCGGUCGAUAUGCUGCUGUUGAGAAGGCACGUAAAGCGCUCACAGAAAGGCAGAAGGAUCUGGAGGUAAAGACUCAACAGCUGGAGAUCAAACUGAACACGAAGAUUGAGGAGGACAUCAAAAAAGCCCGCAGGAAAUCCACACAGGCAGGUGAUGAUCUGAUGCGAUGCGUUGACCUGUACAACCAGUGUCAGUCUAAAUGGUUUGAGGAGAUGGUCACUACAAGUCUGGAGCUGGAGAGACUUGAAGUGGAGCGAAUAGGAGUAAUCAGAAAGCACCUCGUACAAUACACGACGCUGCGGCAUGAAACGGACAUGUUCAACCAAAGCACGAUAGAGCCAGUGGACAAACUACUCCAGAUUGUAGAUCCAGCCAAAGACAGAGAGGUAUGGGUAAAGGAGCACAAGACAGGAGAGGUCAGACCAGUGGACAUGGAGCUCUAACUCAGAGACGAGGUGUUGCUGAAAGAGGAGAUGGAUUCUCUAUUCUUUCCUGCAAGAUCAUGCGAAGAAACAACAUACUGGAGUAGACAAAAAAAAAAAGCUGGUGAAUGAAACUGCUGUCUGAAGAGCCGGAGCUCAACUGCCCAAAGCAGUGUUUUAUACAGAGGUGGAACUUUGACCCCAUGAUGGAUUCAAUACAAACCUGUAGAAAUAUUUCUCUCUCUCUCUUUUUCAUGCACACACACACACACACACACACACACAAACUUUAUCAAAGAAACAAAGCUGCACAAAUGUCUGUAAAAAAAAAUGUCUGGAUGAGUUUCUAAAGAUUAUACCAUAAACCAGUCACCUUGAUUUUAGAUACACAUGUCUGUAUUAUUCUCACUCAAGAGAAACGACAAACUGAGAGAUAUAAUGAAGUGACAGAUGCAAGCUAAACUGAAUUCAUUAAAAUGAACUGAACCUGUUUUUAGCGCUUAAGAAAAAAAAUUUUUUACACAAAUGAAUCUGCUGUAAAUUAAAGUCUUCAAAUUUUGGGGGAAAUCAUCUCAAGUGUUCAUCUGAUCUUCUGGAGUUUGUGAGUUCAAAUCCCAGAGGUGCGUCAAAUUAUACAGAUUAGAUCAUUUUAAGAUGCUUUUAGGAAUAUAUAUAUAUAUAUAUAUUUUUUUUUUAGAUUUAUAACUUUGUUGAAGGUAAGCUCAGUAAAACAGAUAAGAUGUUCUUCCUGCCAGAUUCUAUGAUGAAGAUCUAUGAUGAAGAAAAUGAUCAUGUUCUGCUUACACCAUUAAUCUGGGAAAACAGCAUUUCAUAGACACAAACGUUCCUCAAAGUGAGCUUGAACUGUGUUAUUUUUUAGUUUUGUGUCAAUCAAUCCCAUCCUCGAGUUCAUACAUGUGUCACAGAGCACCAUAGCAGCAGCAGCACUUUAAACAGCUGAAAAGCAUAUUAUAAUGCAAUGCUGGCUCUAAUGUUCUCCUGCAAGAGUGUUGAGCUGCCUAAUCCAAUGCUGCAGCUUUAUUACAAAUUUAUUUAACGCUUGAGACCAACCAAUCAUGAAUGGUUUCUGUAGGUGUGGGGAAAAUACCAGAAUGCAGUGGCCUGAAUCUGCCUUCAUGAAUGUGAUGUAAAUAUAUGUUUACUGUAAUAAACGUUAUAUUCCCAUAACAACCUUCAAUCUCUUUCAUAACCUCUUUCAUUUCCUCUUUCGUAUACUCAGCACAGCUGUGGGGCGAUUAUAAGAUACUUUCUAGAUUCAUUCUGUUCGUCUUUUUCUUCCCUAUGGUUUUUCAUAUUAUUUCUGGACACCUUCACCCCAGAAACCUUGCAGCAUGUACAGUAUCUCCAGCUAUAUUUAUAUAUCUAAUACUACAAAAUAGCUUGUAAAUCUUUAUAAUAGAUUGUAUUGAUUUGUCAAAUCACACAGUGACUUAACAAAGCCAGAUAGUGUCUCUCUUGCAGUCCAGGGAUUUGACCUCAUAACCUCUGAGCUAACACUGCCACCAUCUUCUUGUCCUAAUGAAUACUAAGGCACAAUUCUACUCACAGCUCCACAAACAGCUUCAUUAAUUUUUUAUUUUUUUUUGCUUCCUUCUGAUCUUACAAGAUUUAUUUUAUUUCUUUUGUAACAUCCAGUAUCGAGGCCAGGCUCCAAACAUCCAGAUAUGUAAGAAAUGUGUAGAAAUGAAAGAGGUACAGAUAAUAUAUUGAGAUUAUUUUGCACUAUGCUAGUUUUUAUACCAAAUAUUGUAUUGAAAAUAAUAACACCGUUUUUAGGUUUAUUGUCUGAAUCAGAUCUGGCUUUCUUUCUUUUUUUUGUUUGUUUCUAUUUCUAGCAGCUUGAGGAUGGUUUCUGUGAUUGCCGAUGUACUUUUUUUUUCUGUUUUGGUGUUUACUACAAAGUGUAUGUAGAAGAUUGUAAAUGAAGAAUAAUAAAAUAUCCUCAAUUGA